AUGGGUGCCUGCCACUCGGCGCAUGGACCGGCUGCUGUCUGCAGCUCGUCCGAGAGCCCAGAUGACUUGAGCAAGGGGGCCCAGGUGUGCCCAGUGACCAACGCCUCGGGCACGUGCCCCUUCCAGGCGAACUCUGAUCCAUCGCCUCGGGCACGUACGCCGUUCAAGCCCGCCGUCCAAGCGGCCGUGGCGGCCGCUGAGGCCGCCAUCGGGCAGCUUUCGGUCAGCGGCCAGAAGAUACUCCUCUCAGAGCUCCCGGAGGCGCCCCAGCUGCUGGCCUCGAGGCGCACGGUGUGCGACAUGGAUGAGGUCCGCCGGCUUCGAGGCGCACGGAUGCCGCUGAGCGCAGAGGACAUCGUCGUGGUGAAGGGCGCGUGGAAUCGCACCCUUGCCUUCAAGGAUGCCACCAUGGAGGCCAUGGUCUACCGCUGGAUCCACCUGGACCCGCAGAUCUACGAGGUGCUGCGGCUCAAGUUCGAUGAGGUGGCGCACGACAUGUUCCAGAUGAUCGACAAGUGUGCCCGCGCGCUGGACCGGAGGACGGAGGUCCACGGCAGGGAGAGCUACACAGCCGGCUUCCCAGCAUGCGUGACGCGGGACUUCGGCGACGACCCCUGCGGCAUCAUGUCCCACUACACGCUGCUGGGCAUCCGGCCGAAGCACUGGGCCUUGUUGAAGGAGGCUUUCAUGUUCGCCAUUAGGACCCACAACCCAUACCUCUACAAGGACCAUGACGGGGUGGAUUUGGAGAUGGGCGAGGACGGCGCCAUCAGCCGCUUCUUCCACAUCCACGUCAUGCAGAAGGCCCAUGACGUCUUCCAGAAGUUCGUCGACACGCUGCAGUCCCCCGACGCCGUGGUGGUGCAGCGCCAGGCCGCGGCGCUCCAGUCCAUGCGAGGCUUUGGUGAUGACUUCUACCGGAGGCUGCUGACCAAGUACCCAGAGCUGGGCGACGACUUCCCACACGCGGACAUGGACCAGUUGACUCUGCACCUGCAGCGGACGCUACAGGUUAUCGGCAAAGCAGAGUCCUUUGGCGCUGGCGUGCGCGAGUCCAUGCUGUCCGACGCCUUCUCGAAACUCGCGCAGGCGCUCCAAGGGGCCAUGAUCCCGUCCGAGACCUUCCCCAAGGUCGGGGGGGUUCUGCUGGAGACCCUGAGCGACAGGUUCGAGAUGAGCAAGGGCGUCCUUGACAUGUGGGCGUUCUUGUUCACUUACUGCGCCACGGUCGUCUCCGUGCGGAUGGCCGUCGGGAAACGCCUCUACGCGGAAGCGGAGGAGUUCUUCUCGGUGCUCGCCAAGGAGGAGGAAUGGACCCCUACCAUGUUCGACUUCCGCAUGAGCCAGGUCCGGAGUGAGAUCGCCAUCAGCGGGACCUACAGGCACACCACCCACGAGUUGCAGGCCGGCGCCAGGCAGGCCUGGCGCAACUCCGCGAAGUGCCCUGGCCGAAUCGCAUGGGAUACGCUGGUCAUCCGCGAUUGCAGGCACGUGACCUGCGCAAAGCAGGUCUUCGAUGAGUGCGAGGAACACCUGAAGGUCGCCGCUGGAGGAGGCAUCGUGCAGUCCACGAUGACCAUCUUCGCGCCCAAGAAGCCGCACGAGCAGUGGGGCAUUCGCUUCUGGAACCAUCAGUUCUGUAGGUACGCCGGCUACGCGCAGGAGGAUGGUAGUGUCCUGGGCGACCCCGCCAACGUCAAGUUCACGGAGAUGGUGAUGAAGACGUUUGGGUGGAAGCCGCCGACGAAGCGGACAAAGUUCGAUCCCCUACCGCAGGUUGUUCAGUUCCCGAGCUCCCGCGCAAGCUCUUCUGCGAGAUCCCCAUCACGCACCCGGAGCACCCCAAGCUCGCGAAGUUGGGCCUGA